AUGCCCGAAAAUUGGCGGACUCUUGCCCGCAAUGAAGCAUUUACUGCAAAUGGAGAAGUGAUUGGAAAUGAUCCUAAUGGCACAGCCAUCGCUGUCCACUCCGUUUCCAUCUCCCCGGAAUAUCAGGGCAAGGGGGUGGGGAAGGCCAUGGUUGCGGCAUACAUCCAAUACAUCAAGGAUGCAAAAAUAUCAGCAGAGUGUAUAAUGUUGAUUGCUCACGAUUACUUGAUACGAUUUUACGAGAGCACAGGCUUUGAGAAUUGUGGGAACAGUCACUGCCAGUUUGCUGGUGGUGGGUGGUUUGACCUGGUUUAUAAUAUUUGA